AUGGAUUCGAGUCAGGCACAACUAAGGCAGCAAAUACCCUCACCCUCAUUCGCCUUCCAUCUCCAUAACAACUACCGCAGAGAUAUCCCCUCAUCACGGUCCAGCCACAUGAUGAACAUGACCGGAAGUGAGAUGCCAGUCAAGACUGAAGCCAUGGCGACCACGCCACAGGGAGUGUGGACCACACCAAGUUCAGGAGGCAUCCGACCACGACCAGCAACCAUUCACGAGGGCUUUUCGUACUGCGUUGACGAGAGCUACCAAGGCCUGCCAGCUUGGGACUCCUCGACUCUGCCGAUGCACCAGCAGCAGCAGCAACACACGCCCAGUGACACGGUCUCUUCGAGGCCAAUCUCAGUUCACCAAGAAUUCUACCCGCCAACGACCUUGGAGAACGGUCACUGGAUGCAAAAGCCCGUAGAGGACAACUUGGAGAUGCACGGCAUCGACACCGAUAUGAGUAUUGGUCAGGCAUACACCACCGACGAAGCUGUCCCGAUCCUCGACCUGCGCUACCCCGGACAACCUCUAGAAGGUGACGCGAUGAACUUCGAUAACGGUUUGAAUCCUCGACGUAUGUCAGGCUCGUCGUUCACCAUGUCCACGUCCGGUGGGCUGUCAGACAUGACAUCUUACGAGGACUUCUCAGCAGCUCUUUCCGAUGCACCCUCGUUCAGCUCUGAAUAUCCUCCACCAUCGAACAGGAACUCCAUGAUGUCUUCUACGCAACUUUCACCAGUGGCAUCACCACGCAUGACGCCACAGAGCCGAUCCGAACUUGUGAGGACACAGAGCCGGGGCCGCGCCUCGCCCUCUCCAAGACCAGGAAUGCGAUCCGCACCAUACACUGUAGACAGCUCUCGGAGCAACAAACGUUGGUCGACGGGGUCUUACGGCACAAUGCCAAAUCGACGGCCGUCGCCUUUUGUCUAUCAACACGCCCCUGAGACCUUUGGCCCGCGCAUGUCAUCCAGGCAUUCGUCGCCCACGGUCCAGACUAGCCAGAUGCCAUUGAGCUUUGGCAAUCUACAAGCAACCCAGCAGCAGCAGUUCUUCAUGGGCCAGGCCCAUCCGGCCGCAUUUCAGCGCAACAGCAUGCUGCUGCCCUCUCAACUGCCUUCCCAAGGCUUCCACCCUGACGCGCACCACUUCGAGAAUCCGCCACCACUGCUCUCUCAUGGUCUUUUCCGAAUGCUUCAGAGCAAUGCCGACCCCCACUCCCUCCACGGCCACUAUACGGAUCUCUCAGACCCGCCCGACUUGUUCGCGUCGCUGCACGAGGAGCAAAUACCACCGCCUCCCGAGGACAUGAACCCGUCUGACCCAGACCUGGUACCUCACGAGCAGGAGCUACGCUUCGACGGAGACUUGUACACACCUAAAUGGGUGCGCGGCCACGGCAACAAGCGCGAGGGCUGGUGCGGCAUUUGCAAGCCUGGUCGGUGGCUGGUGCUGAAGAACUCGGCAUUCUGGUACGACAAGAGCUUCACACACGGAAUCAGCGCGGCGACUGGCCAGCCCUUCAACGAGCCACAGGAAACGAGACGCAUGGAUGGCAAUCCUGAUGUUUGGGAAGGCCUCUGCGGUAGCUGCAACGACUGGAUAGCACUGGUCAGCAGCAAGAAGAAGGGCACGACGUGGUUCCGACAUGCGUACAAAUGCCACACCCAUCCCAAGAUCAAGGACGCUCCCAAGCGCCGUAGGGAGAGCAGCCAUCAAAAAUUGGCCGCUUCCACCAUGGCAAAACCCAAAGUCGAGCCAGGCCAGAAAUUGCAGCAAGAGACCCCGGUGACGCCACAACCGGCUGCUGUUUCCAUGGCAAUGUCAAACACCCCAACCCAUGCGCAAAUCACCUCUCAUCCGCAGCAGCAUCAGCAGCAUCACCAACAACAGCAACAGCCAGCGGAGCAGCGUCAAAGCUAUCAACAGCAUCAGUACCAGCAGCCAAUGGUUCCUCCGCCCGUUCCUGCCCACAUGCAGAUUCAAGUGUCCGCCCCAGGACAUCAGAGAAACUCGGGCUCGCCUAUGGAUGGAGUCACGAACAUGAUCUGA